ACUACAGCACACUGUACACCAGCAGCGGCCUCUAGCGGACUUCAGUAGCUACUACAACACACUGUACACCAGCAGCAUGGCGGCGUCCUCUCGACUCAUAUCCAGGCUGACAUUAGUGACGGGAGGCGGCAGUGGCAUCGGCAGGGCCGUGUGUCAGAGGUUCGCCUCUGAAGGAGCUUCUGUAAUAGUGGCUGACCGCAAUGAGGAAUCAGCCAAUCAGACGCUGGAGCUGCUGUCACGUGACCUCAAAGGUCAGCAGCACAUGGCCCUGGGGGUGGACGUGUCAUCAAAGGACAGCGUGGAGAAACUAGUGACAAGUGUACAGCGCCGCUACUUCCAGCCGCCGUCUGUGUGUGUGAAUGCAGCCGGGAUCACGCAAGAUGAAUUCCUUCUCAAGAUGGAAGAAGAGGAUUUUGACAAGGUCAUUGAGGUUAAUCUCAAGGGCACGUUUCUCGUGACUCAGGCCGUCUCGAAGGCUUUAGUUUCUGCAGGCGCUGUGAAGGGCUCUAUCAUCACUGUGGGCAGCAUAGUGGGCAAGGUUGGGAAUAUCGGGCAGGUGAAUUACUCUGCUUCUAAAGCUGGAGUGGAGGGACUCACUCGAACCGCUGCCAAAGAGCUGAGCAAAUUUGGCAUCCGCUGCAACUGUGUCCUGCCCGGGUUCAUCACUACACCCAUGACAGACAAAGUACCUGAGAAAGUCAUCGAUAAACUCACAGCAGUCAUUCCAAUGGGAAGGAUGGGAGAGCCUGCUGAAGUAGCUGAUGCAUGUGCAUUUCUGGCUUCUGAUGACAGUCGAUAUAUUACUGGAGUCAGCAUUGAAGUUGCUGGUGGACUCUUCAUUGGCUGAAAACUGCUGAAUGACGCUAAACUGAUCACCAACUCUGUGCCUUCAUCUUUAAUCUCAAAUUAUGCUUAAUUGCUGUAGAAUAUUGUAUGCAAUGUAACAAAUGGAAAUUAAAAUUCUAUAUUUAUACAAUUAAAGUGUGAAUAUUUUAUACUGUGAACCCACUUUUAAAAAACAAUUAAGUUGACACAGGAGGAAAUGUGUUGAUGUGUGGUUUAAUGGGAACGUUUGGACCAAAACAACAUCAAGUCAAAGAAUUAAAACAGUUAACAUUUCAAAACUCAGACUAAUAGAGUAAAUCAAAAUUCAUAAUUUAAAAGGGUUUUAAGAGUCGUUUGAAGGAAAGUGGCCAGAUUACAUAUUGUGGUUUUUCUGAGACACAAGAAACGUGCUGUUAAUUUGUUGAAAAGUGAAAAUGGGAGUUUGGCUCAGAAGAGUGAAGAGGCAGAUGAAAUAUGAUCAAAAGCACCAUAACGGGGAAAAGAACAACAAAGGAGUCCAACAGCUCUUUAAAUAGAUUAUAUAUUACACAGACAGAUUCUGAAGUACUUACAUAAAACACGUUUUAGCACCAUAUUUUAUAAAGACAGAUGUUUGUCUUUCACCGACAAAAACAAUCCUCGCAGUAUUGUCCUUGUGAGAAAACCACACAAACAACUUUUAAUUCACAAAUCAUUUUUAUAGCUUUUCAUUCCCCUUGCCAUGUUUUAAAAAAGAAACAAAAAAUAUACAUAAACCACCAUCAGUUUCCUUCCCUCUCCUUCCUCUUCCUGUCCCUUCUCCACUGCUGUCUGAAUCUCGAGACAUUUCGGUCGUUUCGGUCUCCACCUGCACCAAACUCUCCUAAACCUCAAGCUGUGACGUAAACGCAUUGAAAUAAUGCAGCGAGAGCUGAUAUCACCAAGUGUACACACAAAUAUAUAUAUCAUACAGAGAAGGCAGAUUUGCUUUCUGGGGUUUAAUUUACAUAUUUAAUAGAUGAAAAAACUACAGAUGCAUACCACAUUGUUUUGGACUGCAAGUGUUGGACAUUUUCAUGUGAGCACCUGUUUGUUUCACAAAAUAAAUACAAUAAAAUAUUUCUGUACAAAUGGUUCGCAUGCACAAUUCCAGCCUGAACACUGUCCACACGAAAGGUCAAAGGUCACAAACCCAUGGGUCAAAAUAGCACAAUGUUGAAAGUGUGUC